AUGACCAACGACAACGAUCGUCGUCCGAGCCACGAACGCUUCCGGGACAAGUUGGAAGAGCUGGAGAGUCUGUGCAACGCGAGCAGCACCGAUUCACCGGACCCGUCGCUCCUCAAGCAAUUGUACCUCGAAUUCUCGACGAUCGUCGAUUUCGCGAUCAAAGCCCCGGCCCAUCGAAUGAGCUCGUCCAACGUCCGACUACUGCUCAAGUGUUCCAUCAAGGUUCUGGCCGUGUGCUUCUCCAACGAGCGCAGCAGCAAGUCGAAGCGUCAAUCGGUCAAGAGGGCCGCCUUCUCGAUUCUGCGACUCUGCGCCAAGCAUCGAAACGUCGACUCGGAAUCGUUCCUCAAGCUGAUCGUCGAUCUCGUCGUUCGCUCGGAGCGGCUGUGGCGACGCUGCGGCGAGGCUCUGUGCCACGAUCUCGCCCGCCACCUCUGCAGCCCGGAGUGCGGCUUGGCCGAGGUCGAUCUGUGUCGCGAGCUCUGCCGCGGCAUCGACCGAUUCGACAACUCGGACGAUCGCAAGGCCUACGUCGGUUUGCUGCUCAAGCUCGUGCGCGAGCGAGGACGUCGCGAUAAAAGCAACAACAACAGCAGCAACGAGGAGUCGUGGCCGAUCGACGCCGAUUUUCUGAGACGACUGCUCGGCUGCUAUCGCAAGGCCACCUCGCGACGUCCGGAGCACUCGAGGUAUCGCGAGGCUGCCCAGACCGGCCUCGAGAUGACGCUGAGGUGUCUCUUGGCUCGGGCCAUGACGCCGGAUCAGCAGCUGCUCGCGAUCGAGCUCAUGAUCUCCUGGUGUCUCGCCGACGACGACGCGGUGACCAACGAGACCCAAGUGCUGGACUACGCCAGUACCCUGGAGUACGCGGCCCACGUACACCAGGCCGGGGCCCUGCACGCCACCUUCACCGAGGCCAUCUUCUGCUCGCUGAUGCGCAUGAUCGGCUCGGAGGUGCGCUACGUCUCGCUGCUGGGCAAUCGACUGCUCCAGCUGCUGAUCGAUCGCGGCAAGAAUCUCAAGGUCUUUCGCAGGCCCCAGAUAUUCUUCGAGAACAUGGAGCUCAAGCUGAAUCGAGGAGGCUCGGCGAUCAGGCAGUCGAUCAGCGGCGAGGACCGGGCCUUUCUCAAGCAGCAUCGCGAGCUGGUGCAUCGCAAUCUCUACGAGAGCAUCGUGAAUCACUGCGACGAUCGGGCCAAUCUCGAGGCGACCUACAGCACCGUCUGCCUGUUGGCCCUGGAGAUACCCUGCGGCUUUACAGCUGCCACCUUCACCUGCCUCAUGAUGAACGCCCAGAAGUUCGCCCGCACCGGCGGCGAGAUCGGCUCGAGAUCGCACAAGUACUACGUUCACGCCCUGGUCAUCUCGGUGCUGACUUUUAUCUGCUGGCUGCACAAGGCCGAGCUGUUUCACGCCUACCUGAACACGAUCUUCAAGAAGCGGGCCAAGUGGGCGCCGCACUUCAAUCCGCCGAUGCUCGAGCGCUACGAGUUCGCCGCGCAUCACGUGCUCUGGGACAAGCCCGAUCUGUUUCUGCUCGAUUGGGAGGUGCGUUUCGGCCUGUGGCACAGAUUCAGGCUCGUCAACGACCACAAAGACGACGGCGGCGACGACGACGUCAACAGGUUCGAGCCGCAGGAGAACGUCGUCGACGACGACGACGACGCGUGAAUCUUGGAUAA